GACACAUCACUUCCACAUCACUUCCACAUCACUACAUUUUAAAAGAAUUCCGCUGUACCACUGCGUGCUCAUAAACAUGACUUCUAGCAGGAUGAGUGCAAAAUCAACCUGUCUUUUUACGCGUUUAUUUGAAUCUAAAAGAAUUAUCAGCCCAUUAUUUGGCACCUCUAAUGCAUGCAACCGUUUUGAACGUAGAAGUUUUCCGUCAGCCAGCUGGCCAUGUCUUGGCAAGUUACCAGUUGUACAUCAUGAAGGCUUCACUUGUCAGUGGCCUGAAAAGCACAGAUUCAAAAUGGCAAAGUUUAUUAAAGUCAUGGACUGGAUUGUUAGAGACAACCUGUUGGAAUCCAUACGAAUCUUUCAGCCUACUGAGGCACCCUAUGAAGCAGUGACACAAAUUCAUGAUUGUAACUACAUAGAUGGUUUUAUUCAUGGAAAUGCUCCUUUGCAUGCAAUGAGAAAAACUGGAUUUCAUUGGUCUGAAGGACUUGUAAAGAGAUGUUUCCUUGAAGUAGGUGGCACUAUGCUUGCAGCCAAGCUAGCAAUGGAGUAUGGACUGGCCUGCAGCACUGGAGGUGGGACACAUCAUGCCUUCCCAAGUCAUGGCUCAGGAUUCUGCAUGUUGAAUGAUCUGGCUGUCACUGCCAGGGACAUGAUCGAUAGCAACUUAGUUAGCAAAGUACUUAUUGUGGACCUGGAUGUUCAUCAGGGAGAUGGGACCGCCUUCAUCUUCAAAGAUAAUGAUUCUGUUUUCACGUUCUCCAUGCACUGUGAGAAAAACUUUCCGCUCCGGAAGCAACAAAGCGAUUUAGAUGUUGGUUUGGACUGUGGUUUGAAUGACGAGCAGUAUCUGAAUACAGUACAGGAUUAUCUGCCUUGGCUUCUUGAUUCAUUCAGACCUGAUCUCAUCUUGUAUGACGCUGGAGUGGAUCCACAUCGAGAUGAUGCGCUUGGCAAACUCUGUUUAACAGAUCAAGGGUUAUUUGAUCGUGAUCUGGCCGUGAUACAAAUGGCUCUCAGCAGAGGGAUUCCAUGUGCGACUGUGAUUGGUGGAGGGUAUGAUGACGACGUCAGUGUCCUUGGCAGACGUCACUCAAUCAUUCACAGGGCAGCAAUAAAGGUUUGGAAUGACAGAAGACCCUGAACGGAAUUCACAAAAGGAGGUGGAAAAUUGGCAAAGCGUUCCCUUCAGGACCAGGGUCAGGAGAGAAUUGUGGUAGCCUAUCAACAAUGGAGAUUGAGUCAUGUGAUGAGAGAAAUCCAACAAUGAGUGAUUUUAAACCUUUCUAGUAACAUUUCCCUUCUUUGAAGGGCAAUACUGUCUCCUUCGAAGAGCCGGAUCUGCGAAUUCCUUUUGUCGUGGCUGAUGUCGCAGAGUUUGCUAAAAAUGCCGUGUUGUCUUGUUGAACUUGACGAUUCGGUGAACAAACCAUUUAAUGACAGAAAACGGUGACAGAAAUGUGCCAAACAACUUGAGACAUGUUCACAUUUUGAUGUGAAUGGAACGAUGGACUCGGAUAUGGUUUGGAAACUAACGAGAUGAGUUUUGUGGAGGGAUGAUCAAGAUCAUAUUGAAAUGUUAUGUAACAAUAUUAAGAAAUAAGAAUCAAAUUAAACGUGAAUGAUGGA